UGCUGAGAUGUGAUUAACAGGAGAAUCUGAGUCAGUAUUUGGAAACAUCUCUAAAAUCACACGGGAGUCUUGCAUGUAUUUCUGCAACUGAGCUUACCCUGCUUCUAUACUGCUUGGGUGUGCUGGAUUCUGUCAUCUGGUUCCCUACCGCCCCAUCAGUUUGUCUGUAUGGACACCACCUUUCUAGGGUAACUGUGCACCUUUCUAAUAGGAUUCUAUGAGUAAAAGUUCCAAGUGCGUAAUGUCAGUGUUGAAAGUACAACCAUCUGAAUGCUGCUUUUAAAAACUGCUACCAAAAAAGUGCUGGACUCACCUGAAUGUCAGUCUUCCCUUCUGUCUGCAAGCAGCUGGAAGUGUCUGAAGGGCCCCUCUAGUCUCUGGCCUGCUCUGCUAUGGCAUCUCAGUAGAUUGACCCUUCUUCAGUUGCCUGUACUGUACUUCAGUUUGAUUCCUUAUUUUUCUGGUUCGUAAAUGCAGUUGUGUAGCUUUCCUUGGAAAGAAUCUAUGCCAAGAGCUGUGAAGAACUUUUGGAAUUUAUCAGCUGUGGAUAUGUGGGGAGCUUCUUUCCUGAUAGACAGAAAGAUAUUUUUUAGCAAGACCAUUCAAUCCUGUUCAGUAGCUUGCUGUCUCUAAGGUCAGAAGAGCUGAUCUGUUGUGACCCGAGAAGGGCAUGAGUUACGGAGGGAGGUUAAUGUCAUUGUCUUUAUGACUAGAGAAAAUAUUUUUUAAGUAUCUUCAGCACUUUAAAACUUGCCUAGUCACUUCUUUCUUACGGACUAGCAUUUAGAAGUAGUUGUAAGGCAUGCUUACUACACCCUUAUUGCUAGUUCUACAAGUGCUGGUGGUUUAAGCCUCGUGCAUUUUCAUGGGAAUCAAGCAUUUCAUUACUGUCCCUUACCUCAAAAACACCUCAAACUUCCCCCCUGUGCCAUUUGGAAACUCUUUCUGCUCUGUUAACCAUUCCCUUGGGUUGCCAGGCAGAGCUUUUAAUCCAGUGUGUACACUGGAUCACGUGUCUGCCUGAAGUACUGGAGGCACGUGCAGCUUACUGGAUGAAGGGAGGAGUUCCCUGCUCUGUUUCGUCUACCAACAAGCAUCUUUUUAUUAGCAGGACAAAAUGAUGCAUGUUCUUCUUUCUUAGCUUUUUAUCUGUAUUUAAUUUGCUUCUCAUGUGCUUGUAGUCAGUGUUGUUACCUCUAAAUGAAUAGCUGCAGGCUAUUGAGUUAUUUUACAGUUGAAAAAUUGCUCAGAAGAAAGUGAGCCAGCAGGUCAAGAGACACAUUUUUCAGUUUGAGUUUAUGGAGUAUUUGUGGAGCCACAGCUGGUGAGGGAACUUAGAGUAAUGACAUCUGAAUGUUAUGAUCUCACUUUCUGGAUGAAUUUGCUUUAAUUCUGAUCCUGCAAAGAAAACAAACAAAAAACCCACCCCGUUUUGUCAGUAGAGAAAAAGCAUCUUUAUUGGACAAAUCAAAUUUAGUUUUUACUUACAGUUUAAUAAAAUUAUGGUAUAAAACCAUGUUUGAAGAGGUAGUUAUGGUAUCCUCACACUGGUGGGUUUAUCUAGGUAGAUGCAUGACACAACGUACAGAAACGGCAAUGCCUGGCAUUGUACAGCCAAUGUGCAUUUUCUCCAUCUGCCUUUUAUUAGUUUAAAAAGAUCAGCCUCAUUUUAAUUUGCUUUGUAAUAACUUACCAUUUAAAUUUUGGUUUCCAAAAUGGUGUAUAAUUUCUUGAAUUCCUAAGGUAACACUUCUGGAUGGAGACAGUGUUCUUAGAGUCCUUCCACCUGUGAUUUUGUUUGCUUCUUGUCUCCUGGGAAUGCCUGUAAGAGGAAUAUGUGUAGAGAUUUUUGUACUUGAGGCAAGACAGAAAGUAGCUGCCUUUCCAGGCGCAGAGGCAUAAGCACUUUAAGAGCUAUUUAAUAUUUCUGCUUAGAUUAUCCAAAUAUACACUUAACAUGGCAGUCCGGUAUAAUUGUGAUGUAUGGACUAAAACAAAGAGGCAGUCUUGUUAAAUCACAGCACCAGAUAUUGCUGUUGCUGCGUGAAAAACUAUUCAGUCCUGGGGUAUGUAAUAGCUUCUGGGUGAACCUGGGUUUUAGAAUAAAGAGAGAAGAAGGUUAAAUAAAUCUGAAUGAUGCUACUGUUGGAAGAAAGGUGGCAUAUUCAGCACUCUGAGGUGGGAAAGAAAUGGGGUGGCUCUUAGCUCUGUUUCUAAAGCAUUUUUUUCCUGUUAACUUUGGGUACUAAUUGUUUUAAUUUUUAGCCUUGUCACAUAUCCCUUGGGAAUAGCAGCAGUGUGGUAGGAAGAGAUACUGCCUAUUUCUGAAUGGAGUUAUUUGCAGCUAGUUCUUUGUCUCUAUUCUUUUUCUUCUGUAGACAUUUCACCAGGCUUCCCAAAUUAUGAUUUCUGCUUCUCUAGUGUGUUGCUAAUUUCUUUGAAAAGAUUUAUCUGCCCCAGUUACUUUCCAGAAAAGAAACAGGCAAUUUGAUCUUCUCUCUAUGAAUCUGGAAGCUACUGCUCCCAGCAGCAUGGGAAGUAGGACAUGAAGCUGGAGAGCACCCAUGAGCCCAUACUCUCUUUUUGAAGGAGACCAACGUUGUGCAUUUCUAUCCCAUGAAAAGUGCCGUACUGAUUGACUGAAGCUAAUGUGACUAAUGUAGACUAACGUGCUAACUACUAAAGGGAAGGUGUGCAUUUACUAGAGGAAUUUCAUACUUUGAACCUUUUAUGGUUAUUUUCUUCGUAGUGUGUGCUGCCCUUGUCUAUCCUAGGGGGGCUGUCAUCUUGUGAUACAAGUUUUUUAAACUUUAACGUGUGGCUGAAACACAUCAAUCUGCAGCAUAAUGUAAGAUCUGUUUUUUGUAGGAGUCUUAUCCAUGGGGAAAGUGUUUUCAAAGAUAUGAUCAAAUUUUGAGUGGGUGCCACUGAUAUUUUCCAAGUGCUGUAAUGCAUGGUGUUCAUUGUAUAUACUUGAACAGAAUGAUAAAGGAUGGAUCGCUUACCAAUGUUGGCUUAGAUGGGCAAGCUACUUUAAAAGCUGCUGUGAGCACAAUUGGUCAUAGAUUCACAGAAUACUCUUGAGUUGGAAGGGAACCACAAGGUUCAUCAUGCCCAAUCCCUGGCUCCACACAGCACCACCAAAAUUCAAACCUAUGCCUAAAAGCGAUGUCUGAAUGCUCCUUGAACUUGGACACUUGGGCCAUGCCCACUGCCCUGGGGGGCUUGUGCCAUGCCCACCAACCUCCGUGCUGGUGAAGAAGCUUUUCCUCACACCCAGCCUGUCCCUCCCCUGACAGCUCCAUGCCGUUCCCUCUGGCCCUGUGGCUGUCACAGAGAGCAGGGCUCAGCGCUGCCCCUCUGUGACAGUGAGGAGCUGCAGCUGCCAUGAAGCCCCUCCUCAGCUCGUCUGCUCUGAGCUGAGCAAACACAGGGACCUCAACUGCUCCUUGUACAGUUUGCUCUUCAGAUCCAUCACCAUCUUUGUAACCCUUUGGACCCUUCAUCGGUAGCUUUGUGUCCUUCUUAUGUUGUGGUGCCCAAACCCACAGGCAACACCUGAAGUGAGGCUGCACAGCGCAGAGCAGCGCCGUACAAUCCCUUUCCUUGCCCAGUGGCAGUGCUGGGCCUAAUGCAGCCCAGCGUGGCAACUGUUACUUAUUUAGAGGAUUUGCUGUAUUCUAUAAAUGAAGCAAGGGAAGGGAGAGUACCAGCAAAAAGUGUAAAUAAUAAUAAUAAAAAACCACUGAGGAAUAUGUUUGAGUUAUUGAUAUACAGAUCAAAUUGCAAGCAUAUCUCAAAUGCCAAAUAUUUUUACAAUAAUCCAUUUUUUUAGUACCUCAGUUCUUUCAAUUUGUCGAAGUGCAGCGAGGGAAAAACUGACUGGGUUUCCCCCCUCCCCCCCCUUUCUUCUACUCUCAGUGAAAUAGGAAUCUGGAGGAAGUGAGUGGAUAGACAUGACACAAGAGCUUUAUUAAAUGCUAUGAAUCUGUCUUCAUCUUUUCUUCCAUACAUGCUGAAUUCUUCCAGAUUUCUCUGAACAAGUCAUUAGGGAACAAAGUAUUUGCACCUGAUCUCAAGGUUAUUAGACACAAGUAUUUUAGCUUUCCAGUCAGGUCAUUGCUGUAGGAUGUUGUACCACUUCUGAAGACUAAUAAAAUUGCAUGUGUCCUGGUCAACUCUCUUUAAAGCAUGAACUUAAUGCUGUCUGUACUACUUGAAGUAGCUAAGAAGGCUUCCCCCUCAGGUCAGAUGCCCAUCAUCUGAGCCAUACUAAGUAGACUUGCUGAAUGGAGUAUGUGUUGAUAACCUGCUGUAAAAAUGACAUGUUCAACAUCCUUAUGUAUACUAAAGUGCUCUCUCUCUCUCUGGCAGAAACAAUUUAUUUUGCUUUUUCUUUCCCAAAGGGCAAGAAGGCCCUUGGUGGAGGCACCAUCUGACAUUAUUAGUAAUAGUGUUAUAAAGUUGUUUUUCUUGGAGUUGUAUGUAUAUAUUAAUCAGCAGGAACAGAGCCUACUUGUGCAUGAACUGAGGAAACUAAAAGCAUAUGUGUUGAUAGCAAUAUCAUAGUCUUGCAGAUAGGCUGGAGAAAUUGAUGUGUUUCUUCAAAUCAGACUUUCUGCUGCUCCUGGAGGAGCUAAUGGGAGAUGGUUUCUUUUCUUAGUUGACCAUUCUGUGAACUGAGGGGCCUGUAAAGCAGUGCUUGUGUUACCGGUUUUGGAGACCUUCCUAUGCAACCACAAAUUUUCAUUUCUUUUUUCUUGUAACUGAGCUUAUACAUUGUUAUUUUAGCUGGACAAGAAAAGCUUUUUGUUACAGUUAUUAGCGCUGUCUGCUAACGCCUGGGUUUUCCUGACCAGCAGUCCAGCUUUCUCUUUUGCUGUUCUGUAAUACUUCGCUGUUGUCAUCAAACAGAUGAAAUAAUGUAUUGAUUACUUUUGGGCACCUGGCUAACAUGGAGACCUGAGAUAACACAACAAAGGCUUCUAUUAUUUGCUCGUGUUAUGUACGACUUUGCUGCUGAGCCUGGAAACAACGAGCUGACCGUCAGUGAAGGGGAGAUCAUCACAAUUACCAACCCGGAUGUCGGUGGAGGGUGGUUAGAAGGAAAAAAUAGCCAAGGAGAAAGAGGACUUGUCCCAACAGAUUAUGUGGAGAUUAUAACUGAUGGUACAAAAGAUGGAAUUAGCUGUGGCAAUUCAUUAGCUGACCAAGCCUUUUUUGAUGCCCUCUCUUCAAAUACAGCUCAGACCAGCUCGGCAGCAAAAAGCAGUAAUCAGGUAAAUAGUGCCAGUGAUCCUUGGUCAGGCUGGAAUAUUGGGAAGUCUGGGAACUGGGAUAAUGGAACCGCUGGAGACAGCUGGGCAACAAAACCUGAAAGUGCAGCUGGCCAGAGGAACAGUGCUUCAAAUAACUGGGAUGCAGCAGCAACAUUUGGUCAUCCACAGGCAUAUCAAGGACCAGCAGCUGCUGAUGACGAUGAUUGGGAUGAUGACUGGGAUGACCCGAAAUCAUCUUCACCAUCUUACCUUGGUUACAAGGAAACUGAGUCGUCAGAGGCUGGCGGGUCCCAGCGUGGAAACUCUCGUGCAGCUGCUAUGAAGUUACCACUUAACAAAUUUCCUGGAUUUGCAAAACCUGGAAUGGAGCAGUAUCUAUUGGCAAAGCAGCUAGCAAAACCAAAAGAGAAGAUUCCCAUAAUUAUCGGUGAUUAUGGCCCAAUGUGGGUUUAUCCUACCUCUACAUUUGAUUGUGUGGUGGCAGAUCCCAAAAAAGGUUCAAAAAUGUAUGGUCUGAAGAGCUACAUUGAGUAUCAGCUGACCUGCACUAACACUAAUCGAUCUGUCAACCACAGAUACAAGCACUUUGAUUGGUUGUAUGAGCGUCUUCUGGUUAAAUUUGGAUUAGCCAUUCCAAUCCCAUCUCUUCCAGACAAGCAAGUAACAGGGCGCUUUGAAGAAGAAUUUAUCAAAAUGCGUAUGGAGAGGCUGCAAGCUUGGAUGACAAGGAUGUGUCGGCAUCCUAUUGUUUCAGAAAGUGAAGUUUUCCAGCAAUUUCUCAAUUUCCGAGAUGAGAAGGAGUGGAAAACUGGAAAGCGGAAGGCAGAAAAAGAUGAAACUGUAGGAGUCAUGAUCUUUUCCACAAUGGAACCAGAAGCUCCUGACCUUGACAUGGUAGAAAUAGAACAGAAAUGUGACGCAGUGGGUAGGUUCACCAAAGCAAUGGAUGAUGGAGUUAAAGAGCUGCUGACAGUGGGACAAGAGCACUGGAAGAGGUGUACAGGGCCACUGCCCAAGGAAUACCAGAAGAUCGGAAAAGCACUGCAGAGCCUGGCACUGGUCUUCAACACUAGUGGUUACCAAGGGGAAUCUGAUCUCAAUGAAGCAAUAACAGAAGCAGGAAAAACCUAUGAAGAAAUCGCCAGCCUUGUAGCAGAUCAGCCAAAGAAAGAUCUGCACUUCCUGAUGGAAACAAAUCAUGAGUAUAAGGGAUUUCUUGGUUGCUUCCCUGACAUCAUAGGAGCUCAUAAGGGAGCGAUAGAAAGAGUGAAGGAAAGUGACAAAUUAGUUGCAACCAGUAAAAUAACACCACAGGACAAACAGAAUAUGGUGAAACGUGUGAGCACAAUGGCUUAUGCACUACAAGCUGAGAUGAAUCACUUCCACAGUAACCGGAUUUAUGACUACAACAGUGUCAUUCGUCUUUAUUUGGAGCAGCAGGCACAGUUUUAUGAAACGAUUGCACAGAAGCUGAGGCAGGCACUCAGCCGCUUUCCUGUGAUGUAGAGAAUAAGGAGUACUCAACGACAAAGAACCACCUUGAAGUGCUUUUCUGAUCUGGGGGCAAUGCCAAUAAAAACUUGUUAGCCUUUGCCAGCCAAAAAACGAAUCAGUUAUGGGGAAAAAAAAAAAAAAAAAAGAAUUAUAUAAAAUGUUUACUUUAUCAGCCUGAAUCCAGAAGAUAAUGUUCUUUUUUUUAUCUUGGAUGCUCUCCCCUUUGUGUCAUUAUUUAAGCAAAAACAGCUAGAUAAUGCUGUCGGUUGUAGGGUUCUAAAUCAUCAAACUGGUAUGUUGCCAUGGACCUUGUGCAGACUUGCAUCUAUCAGAUGCUAUUCCAAAAAUUCUUUGUCAGCAUCAGAAUUACAAUUUUUGUAAGUGAGGAAGCGGGUGAGCAUGGGAAAAUGAUUUCCUACUCAUUAUACUCAGUUCUCCAGCAAUUCAGUAGCCAGAAGGGAUUGUAUUUGUGACUGUUUCUAGUAUAUGUUGAUGAUUAUCGGCUGAGCAAACACUUGUUCUAAGUUUUGCUUCCCACACGUGGCCAUGGCAUACCGCUCCCACUGUGACUUCUGGUAAAUACAAUUCACUCUUCUUUCUUCUUUUCUUUGUAACUAAACCUUAUUCUUGUGGCACAACACCUCAGAGCUUCUGUCAGGCUCUUUCUUUCUCGCUAUGCACUGUGUAAAAAGACAAAAUAUAAACAAGGAAAGAGCCAUUCAGGAAGGUGUGAAAAACAGUUUUCCAUGCCAGCAUUUUGACACCCACACAGUGUUAGGCCAUAGGGCACUGGUGUUCCUCAGAGCUGUACCUCUUUGAGAGUUCUAAGCCUUUCAGUAAAGGGGACCCUCACGUCUUCACAAACUGAUAUAAGUCCUCCAGUUCUGGCAGAGCUCAGGUCUUCAUGUUGCAGUAUGGUGUGCUGUUGGCUUGGGUUUACUUUCUGUUACCUUCUAAUGCAAAGUGAAAGGUGACAAAGGUACGUCAGUUAUCACACAAAUGUACUUUGCUCAUCAUAUCUGAAGUUGAAGUCACCUUUCUUAGUACUAAAAUAUCACCUGGGGCCUGGGCUUUUUAUAACAGCGCUGUUCUAAGUGGGCACCAACUACGGUAAUUCAUUUAAUGCCAUAAGCAAUCCAAAAAGCCAAAGUGCAAUUUUAAUUUUUUUUUUGCAAAAAUAUGACUAGAAUCUAAAUAUUUUAGCAAACUUUUAAAGCAAAGGCAUUUUCCCAUAAGCCAUUCUAGGAGACGGGUACAGUCUGCUGGUUGAAUAGUUGCCUUACUCGAUUUUGCAUUGGUGUUAUUUUUGUGUGCUAGAAGGAAAAUCUAGGUCUGCCUGAAUAACCUGAAACCAAAAUAUAAGAGACUUCAGCCUAAGUCCAGAUGCUUCUCAGUGUCAUGGGUUUUGUUCACGUUUUAUAAACCUUGUCUUUCUCUCCUCCCAAUUCUAGUUGUUCGCUUCCAAAAUUCCAUAGCGCAGUGUUGUUUGAUACAGCCAUUUAAAUAUGUACAAAUUGUAAAGAAUGUGUAUAAAUGUUUUACACCAAAUGUAAGAACUGCUUGCAUGCAGAAGCAGCUUAUAUAAUAAAUUGUUACAAUGUGUACAGUACAUUCUGAAAUCACUUUUUCAAGCCAGCAUUUUUUUAGCAUUUGUAUAUUCACUUUUGGUAAUGAAAUCUCUUUGUAAUGAAUUCUUCAUUUGGGAGGGGGAAGGGGGGUUCUUUUUACCAAUCUUUGAAUAGCUCCAUAUGCACUAAAGUUGAAAGUUCUUUACUUUGAAUAGAUUGUUUUGGAAUCUACAUGUAAGCUGUGCAUUCCCGGUGCAGGGAAGCUGUGACAGUAGCGACUGUGUCAGAGAUGCAACAUUUUGGCAAAAAAGGAAAACUGUUUAAGGACUUCAAGUAAAAUGAAGUACAACUGAUAAUAAAUAUUUAUCUAUA